AGUGAAUGAAUGGUCUCGCUCGCACUACCCCUUCUGAUGACAGGUCUUGCCGCGGGAACUUUGUCAUGUUUUCGCGUCCUUUGCUUAAUAUAAAGACUUAAAUAACAGUCGAAAAUAUAUAGCCAGUUAAAGUGUUACACCUAACGAGUUGGAAAUGUCCAAAAAAAAAGGUCUGAGUUUGGAGGAGAAGAGGACACGGAUGAUGGAGAUUUUCUUCGAAACGAAAGACGUGUUUCAGCUGAAAGACAUCGAGAAAAUCGCCCCCAAGACAAAAGGAAUAAGUGCUGUCGUCCCUCAGUCCUGUGGCCGUGUUCUCUUCUUCUCUGCCCCCAUGUCAGUGAAGGACGUGCUGCAGAGCCUGGUGGAUGACAACAUGGUUGACUGUGAGAGGGUAGGAACUUCCAACUACUACUGGGCGUUUCCCAGUAAGGCACUGAACACACGCAAGCGCCGCCUGGACGAGCUGGACAAACAGCAUUGUGAGGCCAAGACACGCAGAGAGACUCUCCAGCAAGCUGGGGAGAGAGCCAGAAUAGGACGACAGGAGACAGAGGAGCGGGCUGCUCUGCUGAAGCAGCUGCAGGAGUUGAGGGAGCAGCACGCCCAGCUGAAGGCUGAACUGGACAAGUACCGAGAGUGUGACCCGGAAGUGAUCGAGGAGCUGAAGAAGUCCAACGUCACUGCGAAGGAGGCUGUUUCCAGGUGGACAGAUAAUGUAUUUGCCAUCAAGUCCUGGGCCAAGAGAAAGUUUAGUUUCGACGACAGCCGAAUCGACAAAGCCUUUGGGAUUCCCGAGGAUUUUGACUACAUGGACUAACAAAUAACAUCUCUUUAUCUGUGUAUGGUUCAAUCCACAAUGCACACCAUUAACUCUAAAAGCAUCGUUAUAGUUUAAACAGUUGUGUCGUCUAUUCAAGGAGUAAUGAAAAGUUUAUGAUUUUCAGCCAAUCAGCGGCCAGGUCCUAAUAUUCUGGGCAAGGUUUUGCUUUCUGUGUGUAGUGCUUGGCUUGGGAGUCAUUUCUAGCUAGGCUCAGGCUUUCACAGGUGUAAAUGCUGCUGGUGUGACACUGGAGAAGGCGCUGUGCUAACCUCUGACCCCUGCGGGGGGCUCUUUGGAAGGAGUGCAUGGACUGCCUGACUUUUUGGACACCUGUUUAUGUGAAAACCGAGAGGCCAGAGUUGUUGACGGAAACAAGCCAUGGUGUGUUUGUGUUUGUCUGAGUGUGUGUGUGUGUGAGACAGGCAGCCGGGGAGGCCUGUGUCGCAGACACACACAAACACCCACAUUCACACUUAUUGGCACACUCAAGCACACAAGAUGCUCCUUCACGUUCUCUCAUUGGAACAUACGAUUCAACAUUUGUAAAGGGCACAUCAAACAGCAGUGCAAUUGCCAAUUUUAGAACAAUAACUUAUAUUAAUUAAUUAAUUGAUCUAAUUAAACGUAUCCAUAUGCUAAUGACAAUACUAAUUAUUAUAUUUUUCCUAUUCCUUUGUACCUACAGCCAGAGAAAAGGCUCUAUGGCAGGUUACGUCUGUCUCUGUAGCACCUGGGCUGGCCAGCCUUGUUUGAUGUAUGAAUCCGUAUACGGACCUCCCAAAGCAACAAGAGGCACUCUGGGAUUGAUAAUGAAGGAGAGGCAAACAUGUGCCUGGCGCUUUAGUGGGGCAUUUUUUGAUAUAUCAAUAUUCUUCCCUAUAGAUUUAUUUACAUUUACUUUUAUUGACACAGUAUUUGAGUUGGUAAACAGUUCUUUUUUCUUGACUUCGCUUGACGAUCGUUUCAAUAAAGUCCUGGCCUGUU